AGAAGGAGGAAACAAUGGAGUUUGAAACUCACUGUAUGUCUUUUCCAUGUACUGAACUCUUGUUAUUUAACUAUGCCAAUAUAAAUUCAAUUUUUAAUUCUAGGGCACCUUUAAAAAUGACGCUUUUUACACCUGCCGUUUUUUGUGUCGGUGUGCACACUCACAUUUGCGCCCUUUGUUUAGUCACAAGGCGUUAAAUGUCGGCGAUAAUUGUGCACAAUAUUCGUCCCGGUGUGUACAGGCCUUUACUUGUAAAAAUGCAAUUACGACGAGUAACACUGGGAACAUUUUAAGCUAAAACGGCUUGCCAUACAAACCCUAACCAGCCUAACAGUGUUUUGUGUGGCCUUUCUGAUCGCAGUGGCUCUUUCCAAGUGGAGGCCUUUUAACCCAAAUAAAAUCCCCGCACUUACUCUACAAUACAAUAAAACUGUUGAUAUAAUUACCCUGAACAAACCUGAAACAUUUCACAAUAUUACUGUUUUUACUGUAGUUUUCAUCAAACAAGUUAGGCCUUGUUGAGCAUAAGAGACUUCUUUUUAAAAAACCUUAAAAAAAUCUUAAUUAUUCCAAACUUUAAACCACCAGUGUAUAUAUGCUAUAUCCAGAAUGGCUAACAUAUUGGCCUUCAGAGGCGACCGUGUGCAGAGGACACAUGUGAGUUUUCACUUCUCUGAGCGCAGAAAGUGAAAUCACGCUGAAUGAGUGUCAGCUGACUUUGGUCACAGGACUUUAGGGAGAGCAUCUCACAAAAACACACCCGAGCAUUCACGGUGCAAGACUUCAGAGGCACUAACCCACUCUAACCACCUCUGAACUACUAACAAAUGUUUCUGUGUUUGUGCACAUUAAUUUCUGUGUAACUAAUCCAGCUUCACCAGAUGAUGUUCAUCUCCUUUUCCUUUGUUAAUGCUGAGCCUCAGUUGACCUGUCGUCCCCUGAUUUUGGUGUCUGCAUGAGGAAAUAAUAGCGUUGCUUUUGUUCAGUUUUGAUGUGCAUCCUCUCCUCAGUGUGUUUACCUGUGUGUGUAGCUUGACAUUUAAGCUCCAUGUUUUAUGUGUUAGUGAUUCUUCUUCAUGUUGGUAACCUCAGUAAGUGAAUUUCUUCUGACCGGCCCUAUGUGAGGGCAGUAUGUGGUGGUUUCAGCGGGGGCUGUGUGCUCUCCCGGUGGCUCUGGUUAUCUGGUCAUCUGCUACGUUCCUCAUCUCUUAUGCCACAGCGGUCGUGUUGGGCCAUGCCGACCUGCUCGUUCCAUACAUAAGUGACACGGGCACUGAGGUUCCUGAACGCUGUGUGUUUGGCUUCAUGCUGUCAAUCUCAGCUUUCUUAGGGUUGGGCACCAUGUAUGUUCGAUAUAAACAAGUUCAGGCUUUGAUUUCGGCCUCUGAGUCGGGCUUACAGCUGCUGAACUUCACAGGCCUCCUGAUGGGCAUCUUCAGCACUGUAGGGAUGUGUGUUGUGGCCAACUUCCAGAAAACAGAUAUGAUGUCCAUCCACCUUUUGGGGGCAGGGCUGUCCUUCGGCCCUGGGACUUUGUAUAUCCUGGUUCAGACCGGCAUGUCAUACCGCAUGCAGCCGCGUUUCCACGGCAGAGAUAUUCUAUGGGCACGUAUGGCUGUGGGAAUGUGGACGCUCGUUAGCAUAAUUACACUUUUCAUAUCCUCUGUGUUAAUGUAUGAUGACCUGCCUGGUGUGGAUGUCGCUAAUAAGUUACAUUGGCGGCCAGGAGAGAGAGGUUUUAUACCGCAUCAGGUCAGUGCUGCAGCCGAGUGGUCUCUGGCAUUCUCCUUCAUCUGCUUUUUCCUCACAUACAUACGUGAUUUCCAGAAAAUCACUCUGUGGGUUCAGCCUGUACUUCAGAGUAACCAUCUCUACGAUUAUUCUCGCUAUGAAGACAGAGAGCACAUGCAGCAUGGAGAGCACUCUCCUCUACUGGCUGGCACCAUUUGAGACACUCUGCCACCUUGCGUCUGACAUCGAACACUGCAGUCGACAUUCAAUGGAGGUCACAAAUCUGAAUAUUCCCAGAUACUUUUCAUGUUGAAGAAAAGUUUCUAUAAUACAUUUUCUUGCCAUGCUUUUAUGCAAUAUUUUGAAAAUAUUGAGGGAGACUAUUGGCAUGUAUACAUAUUUUGCCUAGUUACUUGAUCAGAAAUCUAAAUUAUGCAAAAUAAUCACUUUAAAGUUUUUUCCUUUUAAUUUUAGAAUAAACACAUUGCAUAUUUUGACA